UACGUUAACCAAAUGAGUAACUGUCAGCUGUUAUCUCUGUAUGAGGGAAGGACAGUAUUUAGUUUAAUUGAAAUAUCGUUUUGUUGUGUUUUAGGUUCAAGGUGUACGACUCGUAAUGCCAUAAUUUAACUUUUACAGCACUUUACUGAAACUCCAUAAUGUUGCAUCCGCAUACGUCAGCUAGCUUACGGCUGGGUUAACUCUGCAAGUAGGGUUCGUGUGAGCAUCGUUAAAUUACGAACAUUUCCCGCAACAAACGUGAGUUUUUGUCUUUACAAACAUGGACAGGAAUCACGACAAAACGGAGCUGUCAGCAGUGUAAAAGUUUUCGGAGGACUGGAACUCUUGCCCUGAUCGCCUGAAACUGGAUUUUGGCGAUGGAUUUUCACCAAUAACUUUUGCUUACUUGGCAGUGAUCAAAUAGUUGAUUUACUGUAUUCUUCAGCACCAUGUUUCAUCAACAUGGGAUGACUGGUUAAUGAAACUGUGGCUGUUGGUAUUUUAGCAGGAAUGUCCUGCACAGAGGAAAUGUCUUAAUCAUUAACUAACAACAUCCACAUUUCGCACUUUCACUGUUCACAUCAGCGCGGUCACACAGCUAUGGGCUUCUGUUCGCCUGUGUGCAAGGUUUUGCGGAGGGGGAAAUACUUUUUACUGAUCCUGAUCUCGCUGUCAGUGCUGGCGUGGAUCGCAACUUUUUCAGGCGAAACGGGGAAAUCUGUUCUGGUUUCCCCUGCCGCGACUCAAACUCUUGUCAAAGGAGACAGCCUGAGGGAAAAAGUCAACUCGUGGACAGCGACACCUGAUCGCCUAAAUACUCCACCACAAAAAGUCAAAUGCCCACAGGAGUCACCAUUGCUAAAGGGAGCUGUGAAGCUGUCCUUUGAGUCCUCUCUUAUACUGAAGGAUGUGGAGGGUGCCAACAAAGGGGUGACUGAAGGCGAGUACGAGCCCACGGACUGCAUAGCGAGGCAGAGUGUAGCCAUCCUCAUCCCUCAUCGCAGCAGAGAGAGACACCUCCUCUACCUCUUGCACCACCUGCACCCCUUUCUGCAGAGGCAGCAGAUACACUAUGCCAUUUAUGUCAUCCAGCAGGCUGGUGAUGCAACAUUUAAUCGUGCCAAAUUACUUAAUGUUGGGUAUUUGGAGGCUCUGAAGGACUACAGUUGGGAGUGCUUCAUCUUCCAUGAUGUGGACCUGGUUCCUGAAAAUGAUCACAAUUUAUAUGUCUGUGACAAGCAGCCCAAACACUUAGUGGUUGGCCGGAAUGCCACAGGAUACAAGCUGCGCUACAAAGGCUACUUCGGAGGAGUCACAGCUAUGACCAAAGACCAGUUUCAUCAAGUAAAUGGAUUCUCAAACACUUACUGGGGUUGGGGCGGAGAAGAUGAUGACCUUCGCAUCAGAGUUGAGCUACAGAAAAUGAAGAUUAUGCGACCGCCUGCUGAUGUAGCUCGCUACACCAUGGUGUUUCACAGACGGGACAGUGGCAAUGAAAUAAACAAAGACAGGAUGAGGCUGUUGGGACGAACACCGCAGGUAUGGAGAAAGGAUGGACUCAACAGCUGCUCAUAUAAAACUCUGUCAGUAGAGAGGCUGCCUCUUUAUGUGAAUGUUACUGUGGACAUUGGUAAGCCACAUUAGUCGAGAUUUUAAACAGGAAGCUGUGCUGUCACCAAAAAAUAUUUUAGGAUAUAUUUUAUACAGUAUGUUAAAGCCACUGAGUGUAGAAAAGUUACUACUGCACAUGUGUGCAAGACAACACAGUAGGCACACUAAAUGCACAUUGUUUUGAUUAGUUUACAUUUUAGGAUUGAGUUCAGCUGGCAACUACAUAUUUGCACCUUUUUGCAUAUCAUGCAGCCUUUUUUCCCUCUAUAUUGUUACCAGCCUGCUAAAGUAAAUUAAGUAAUAACUGACUUUGGUAAAAUAAAGAAUUUGGCCUUUAAAA